UCUGUGUGCAUCACUCCCAAGUGAAAGAGAAAGAGGGCGGGACAAAUGGCGGCGAUGGGAGCAAUUGGAGGACUGGUGCUGCCAAAGCCUGUGACUUUCGUGACCGGGAACGCCAAGAAGCUGGAAGAAGUGCGCGCCAUCUUGGGCAACUCCAUACCCUUUAACUCCCUCAAGCUUGAUUUGCCAGAAUUGCAAGGGGAGCCAGAGGACAUCUCCAAAGAGAAGGCUAGGUUGGCUGCUAUUCAGGUUAAUGGUCCUGUUCUUGUGGAAGACACUUGCCUCUGCUUCAAUGCCCUCAAGGGUCUUCCUGGGCCUUACAUCAAGUGGUUCCUGCAGAAGAUUGGACAUGAAGGACUCAACAAUAUGUUGAUGGCAUAUGAGGAUAAAUCUGCUUAUGCUUUGUGCGCUUUUUCUUUCGCCAUUGGGCCCGAUGCUGAGCCGAUUGCAUUUCUGGGUAAAACUCCGGGGAAAAUAGUUCCUGCAAGGGGACCAAAUGACUUUGGAUGGGAUCCAAUUUUUCAACCUGAAGGUUAUGAGCAAACCUAUGCCGAGAUGUCAAAAGAAGAAAAGAACAAGAUUUCUCAUCGCUACAGAGCUCUUGCACUAGUGAAGUCUCACUUUGCUGAAGCUGCAUAUACUUUUGAGACCAACUUGUCUACCUAGAAGUGAGUAUCUUCAUCAUCUUGCCUCUGCAUAGUCUUCCAUCGUAUGCAAGCUUUUCCUUUCACCAGCAAUUCUUCCAGUCUUGUUUGAUGGCCUACAAAAGUUAGGGACAAAGUGGAAGUUACAGUUUGUGUACCAUUUAGAAUCUGUGCGCAUGCCUAAGUUAGAGGUUAGUGUGGAGAAAUAGCAUCCUUGCAUUAGGAAAGAUUUGAAUGUCACAACAUGUUAUAAACUUUUCACUGUGAGUAUGCUCACUUCAGACAGAAGUACUAUGAACUUUGAAGUUAGAACUGUUCAAAUAGUAACUCCACUAGUUGCACAAGGAACUGAAGUUAUACUAUCCUUUUGAGCUGUUGAAAUAGUUUUAUUUUUACCCCAUAUAGAAGUUUACAAUCUUUGCCAGCGUCAUUUGCAUAAUCUGUAGAUGUGAUUGAAAGAGGAUUUUAUAUGGCACCCAAUUCCAAGCCAUGUUAUAA